AUGGAUGAAUGCAACCAGCUCUACGUUCUAGAUACUGGCUAUAUUGGAAAUAACUACACAUGCCCAGCGCAAAUAUUGAUGUUCGAUCUUCUCACCGAUCGGCUGCUGAAGCGUAUCAAGAUCCCAGAUAACGUGGCGCAAAAUAAACAGGGCGUCGGUACAUUGGUUACUCCAGUGAUCGAAACGAAAGGCACAGAUUGCAGUCUGCAAAACUUGUUUAUGGCUGACGUGAACGGUCACGGUCUGGUAAUCUACAACAAUGACCGUUUCUUCCGCCUAGAAGCUCAAAUCUUUGAACCUGAGCAAGCGCAGUCAAACGUGUCCAUCGCUGGCGUGCAGUUCGAGCUUGCGGACAGUAUUAUGGGUAUGGCUAUAACACCAAGAACCUUUCGAGGUGAAGGUCGUGAUUUGAUUCUCCGACCAUUCGCUUCAAGAGCCGUUCACACUGCUGACACGCGAGUCUUGUCUCGAAGUACAUUUGGUGAUACGAUCAAUUAUAAAUCCGCCCCCGAUAUGCUGCCAAGUCAAGCUACGACUAUGGGAAUCUCGUCGCACGGUACUCUGUUCUUUGGUCUGACUCAAGAGAUCGCCAUUGGAUGUUGGAAUCGGUAUAGGAAUAUGACUAGAGAUAAUAUUGAAAUCGCCGUGCAAGAUAGCGAUCGUUUACAAUUUCUGAGUGGAUUGAAGGUACUGCCAAAAUCCCGUACGAAGGGCCAGGAAGAAGUUUGGGCAUUGUCCAACAGGUUGCAAACAAUUAUGACAGGAACUACGAAUUACAACGAAAUUAAUUUCCGAGUAGUUAGGAGUACAGUGAGUGAAUUAAUAAGUGGUACUAGAUGUCAUCCACCCAUAUAA